CUGGGGAAGAAAGCGCCCAUACACAGGAAGCCACCCAAGCCAUGCAAAACAGAGGCAAGUCAGGUGCUGAGUUGUAAUGAAGCCCUAAGAGCUGGAGGAGUCCUAGUUGCGUACCCCAACAUCCAGAGCAGCCGUGCUGCACAAUUAGCCCACCUGCCAGUCAUUAUGCAAAUCGGGAGAGGAAAUCAGGGAACACAGGAAGAGGAAGCUGGAGCGGGACCUGUCAUCCCACAGAGACACCAAAAGCUACAGGGAGACUUCAGUGGGGAAAGCGAGUCUCCAAACCACCUUGACAAGCCAGCUCCCUACCAAGGUUCCAGACACGUCCUCCACGCCAGCCCCACCGGGACUCCAACAGCCGCACACGGAGCGCAGCCCCGAGAACCUAAAGGGAGGCCUCCCAGGCCCCCUGUGUGGGCAACCUCACCUCCACCCCCGGAGGCUCAGGCCCUGAAGUUUCCUCCACCCCACCCGGCUUUGCCUCGUAAUUUCCAACCGGCUGACUCAGCACAUCUCAGCCCGGCCAUGUGGGGCUUUGUCUGUUCUUGAACAGACACUCCCUCCCGGAAUAAGACCUGGGGCUGGAAGGUGGGGUAGUGACCGCGGGAUAAACUCAGGUUCGCCCAGUGCCGGCAGCCUCCACUGGCCCGUGGCGAUGGGGCGCCAGUUUUACAAGGAAAAGGCAAUACCUUUACACAAAUGUUGGCAAUCGUGGGAAAGCCAUUUCUGGGGCCAGAUGUGCCCUGUCAGGGUGAAUCACCUUCGCUUAAAACUGACCUAAGCAACCUAGGCCAAGCCGAGCGCGGGAUCGCCCCUGCACCUCCAGGCUGGAGCAGGGCUCCGGCCCCGCAGUGAGACUCGGGUUCCCAAACGCCAGUCAUGCAGGUUUCCAUCCACCUGCUGUGUGAACAUCCACUCUGUGUCUCCUACAUCUCCAGACACCAAAAGACCCAACCAAGGACGAACAAUGCAAUCUCGGUAAUCCGAGACCAAGCUUCCGGGAGAGGAGCCGAGCUUCUCAGGGAGCCUCUCCAGAAACCCCACCAGCGUGCCCCUUCGUGGUGUGUGUGCAGGGGAGCCGCCGCAGACCGCACUGGUGCGGGCCUCCCCACCCCAAUGGAGGAGCCUCGCCGCGGUUUCCCCGCCGUGGGAGGAGGAGGACGCCGGCAGGGCGCCCGGGCAUCCUCUGCCACCCGGGCAUCCUCUGCCACCCGCAGGGCUGGAUCCGCGUGCAGAGUCCCUGGCGCCGGCCUUGUCUCCCCACCAUCUCCAACCCCGGCCCUUGGCACACAGUUGAAAGUGAUGGAGUCAAAUGGAAUUCAAGGAGGCGUUCGUUCAGUUCUCCUGUGAGGUUAGGGGGAGAACGAAGCAGGAACUUGGCCAAGCCCGGCGGUGCCCCCUCCUCGCCGACCCUGAACCCAAAUUGCAAGGAGGGAACCGGCCCGGGGCAACGGCCCUGCCGCAGGAGCCCAACGGGGAACCCGACCUCUGCGCCUCCAUUUAAGCUUCAAAUAUUUCAAAAAAAAAAAAGGCAUCGGAGCUCUGAAUAUACAGCAGUACCCUUGAGCUUGUGCGAGUAGAAACAAGAACGGCGACGACAACCACCCUUUAACCACACCCCCUCCCCGAGACGCAGGUCGCCGAGGCCGCUCAGACCCGGGCGGCCGAGGGAUUGGGGCCGCGGGGCCCGGGGCGCGCGGGGGGAGGUGCGUGGGGGACUCGGGGACCGGGAAGCUCUGAGGACCCGGACGGCGCGCCCCGCCCGCGGCGCUGGGGGCGGCCGGACGCCGAGGAGCCGCCCCCUCCGUGACUUUCCAAACCGCUCCCGCGAAGAGGCGGGGUGCGGGGUGCGGUUAAAAGGCGCCGCCCGGGCAGACAGGUGUCGAAGGCCGAGCGCCCGGCGCGCUGCGCUCUCCCGACUCCAAGCCCGUCGCGGCGCCCCGGCCUCCAGCGAGCGCGCACGCCACCCGGUCAGGACCACCCCGCACCCGCGGAGCUCCCGGGCCACCCCCCGCGACCUCCUCGCCACCGCAGACCCAGCCCCGCCGCGCGCUCCGCCCGCCCCCUCUCCGCCUGCUCCCAGCGCGCAGACCGUCCGGAGGAGAAGAUGGACUGGGGCGCGCUGCAGACCAUCCUGGGCGGCGUGAACAAGCACUCCACCAGCAUCGGCAAGAUCUGGCUCACGGUGCUCUUCAUCUUCCGCGUCAUGAUCCUGGUGGUGGCGGCCAAGGAGGUGUGGGGCGACGAGCAGGCCGACUUCGUCUGCAACACCCUGCAGCCCGGCUGCAAGAACGUCUGCUACGACCACUACUUCCCCAUCUCGCACAUCCGGCUCUGGGCGCUGCAGCUCAUCUUCGUGUCCACGCCCGCCCUGCUGGUGGCCAUGCACGUGGCCUACCGGCGACACGAGAAGAAAAGGAAGUUCAUCAAGGGCGAGAUGAAGAGCGAGUUCAAGGACAUCGAAGAGAUCAAGACCCAGAAGGUCCGCAUCGAGGGCGCCCUCUGGUGGACCUACACCGGCAGCAUCUUCUUCCGCAUCCUCUUCGAGGCCGCCUUCAUGUACGUGUUCUACGUCAUGUACAGCGGGUUCUCCAUGCAGCGCCUGGUCAAGUGCAACGCGUGGCCUUGUCCCAACACGGUGGACUGCUUCGUGUCCAGGCCCACGGAGAAGACGGUCUUUACGGUUUUCAUGGUCGUGGUGUCGGGGAUCUGCAUUCUGCUCAACGUCACCGAACUGUGCUAUUUGCUCAUCAGAUAUUGUUCCGGAAAGUCCAAGAAGCCAGUGUAAGCAGGUCUGGAGAAGAGCGAGCGGGCGGGGACGGACGCGGCCGUCUGCGCCCAGCGGUCGGCCGAGUCACCCGCGUCUCCCAGAUACAGAUUCCCGUCGUCAAGCUCCCCCCCACCCGCGACCCUCCUGUGGCCCACGUGGGACUCCAGACGCCUCCGGCUGCGGCCCCGCGGUCGGCCCCGCGGUCCACAGGCGCCGCCGCACAAAGGCCGAGCUCUGUGCCCGCUGAGGCCGUGCCAGGGCGGCCGUGCCCUUCCCUACUGCAAACAGAGGAUGUGGCGUUUGUUUCCCUUUCUUUGCGGAAAGGAGAGAAACGCCAGGACCUAACAAGGACGCUGAGCAGGUCUGGUUGAUCCGCUUAAGCUUCCCUUUGCAACUUCCCCGAAUUAAAGGUAAACAUAGAGAAUUUGGUUCCUUUAUUUGCUUUGAAGUUUUAGUCUGCAGCAAUGGACAGGGUUACCGCAUGUGUCCGACUCUGUCAUAUACUCUUUUAAAAUGAACAUUUUAAGGAAGAUGCGUUCUUUUCACCCACAAGAAAGUCUAGGGAGCAUUACGUGUUCCUCCUAUUUCAGAGGCAACGACUGCCACAUGCAAGUGGUGUAAAAUCUAGGUUUCCUCACUAGAUUUCCAUCUGGCCUUCAGCUCAGAACAGGGUACAGCGCCACCGAGAGGCUGGCGGGGGAAUGAAGCUGGGUGGUUCAGGGAGGCGAUUCUGCUUCUCUCGCAGGGAACGAACUAGAAGUCCUUAGCGAUGGCUUCGAAGAGCAAAGGGCCUCAUUUCGAAAAUGUAGCUGUCAUUUUGCAGGAGGAGUACAGACGGGCUGUGCCCCCAGCGACGAGCAGCCGUGGGCUGACUCAAGACACCCUCAACUCCCAAAGGACGUUGUCCUUCCACCCCAAGAGCCGGGGAAGGCCACUGCCCUCGAGGUCACGUGGGAGUCUUUCGUCGCCACAGGAUGAUUUAAUGCGACGGAACAAAACAGCAAACUAAGGUGGGGGGGUACUCGUUCUAAAGAACGGAUGGAAAGGUAGGCUCUAAGUUCUGACAAUUAAAAAUGAGUUUCAUCACCUUCAAA